AUGUCAGCUGAUGUUACAUUUUUUGAGUCUCAACCUUAUUAUACAUCUUCUGAUCAUUCUGAUGUAUCUAUGGUUUUACCCAUUCCUCAGGUUUUACCUAAGCCAAACUUUGAAGAAUCUAUGUCGGAGGAUGAUGGACAAGGUGGGAGAAGGAAGAAGAAAGGGCUGAAAGAGAAGAUAAAGGAGAAAUUCACAGGUGGAAAGCACAAGAAUGAGGAACCACAUCACCAAGCACAUGGUGUUGGAACUCGAACCACAACAACUACUACAGAGCAUGAGAAGAAGAGUAUGAUGGAGAAGAUCAAGGAGAAGUUACCCGGCCAUCAUAAUCAUCACUAG